CGUGUAAGUCGCCUGUUGCUACGCUUGCGAAUAAAAUAUAAAAAGAAGUCAAGGAACGGUGGUUCUCAGAUCUUUUUCUUGUUCAAUAUCAUCAAACACAAAAUACUCCUACUCCAAUAAGCAGUAUUUCACAAAGGAAACCAUGACUGCCACCACUUCAACACCAACAAAUAUCGCCGUCGUCACCUGCAGCACCAGGUCGCCACGGCUCAACCCCUACAUUACCAACUACGUCCUCAAGGUCUUGGCCCCCGAGCACCCACAAGUGACGUUUACCGUCAUAGAUCUUGAGGCGCAAGGCCUUCCGUUCUAUGACGAGCCGGGAAUUCCGGCCCUGCUGCCCAAGGACAACCCUAGCCCACACUACGUGCACGACCAUACCCGCCGCUGGUCCGCCAAGAUCAGCCAGCACGACGCCUUCAUCUUUGUCACUCCCCAGUAUAACUGGAGCAUCCCUGCCAGCCUCAAGAACGCCCUUGACUUCCUCUACCACGAGUGGGCGGGUAAGCCCGCGCUCGUGGUGUCGUACGGCGGGAAAGGAGGAUCCAAGGCUGCCGCGCACUUGCAGCAGAUCCUGGGCAGCAUGCACAUGAAGGUGACGCGCCAGACGCCCAUGUUCGUUGUCACAACGGAUACAUUGAAGGGCGUUGUAGACAACGGUAAAGCCGAUGCGACGGAUGACGAGCGGUGGUGUGCGGCCAAUGUGGACGGUCAACUAAAGCAGUCGUUUUUGGCAAUGGCCGACGGUAGCGAUGUGCUGGGCAGGAUGUAGGGCGAAGCUAGGAGCUCCAGCCAGCCUUGCCGUUAAGGCUGUGGUCGACGGUGGUCCGAGGCGCUCACUGCGAGACUGGCUGGCUGUGGCCAGAUUGUGGGAGUCAUCGCCACCUAGGACGAGGCCGUAGCUGAACGAAAUAUGGCCGGCGCAUACUGGAAGCCGUCAUCUUGGCUAUCCUUCAAUAUAGCCCGAAGCUCUGUCGGUGGUCGGUCGUUAUGUUCCCGUGGGAUGCACAGCGUGUGUGUGGCUUGCGAGCAGUCGCGCAAAGAGGCAUCGAGACACGACCAAGCCCUGAGGGCAGGGAAUAUGUCCUCGGCCAGUUGCCACUUUUAGAUCUAAGAUGCAUAGGUAGCAAUAAAUCAAUCAAGAUUGGAUAAAAGAAAAAAAAUGACUCCUCUUUAUUUGGU